AAACCGCACAACAACAAACACUGGAGCGGAAGGACGGAAUCACCAGUGCGCAGCCGUGAGCCAGGGCCGGUUUCCCUUACCAGGAAAAAGUGGAAGACCAAUCGGGAGCCCUGGGAGACUCUCGGCCCUUUCUGCUCCGCCCUUCUGUAACGUAUUUCCAGCUCGCUUUCUGAGAGGCUCUGAUUCAACGGAAGCGGCAGGUUUCCGUGGUAACAGAAAAGCGCGGGAAAUACAGAUAAAUUGAAACUGCGUCUGCGCGGACUGAGCUAGCGGAGUAUUUGUGGGCCGCUCUCAGACAGCUGGACCGUUGGGCCUCGGAAGCCCGGGCUCUUUACUCUGGGUAAAGAACAGAAAGAAAUGGAUUUAUCUGCGGAUCGGGUUGAAGAAGUACAAAAUGUCCUCAAUGCUAUGCAGAAAGUCUUAGAGUGUCCAAUCUGUCUAGAAUUGAUCAAAGAGCCUGUUUCCACAAAGUGUGACCACAUAUUUUGCAAAUUUUGUAUGCUGAAACUUCUCAACCAGAAGAAAGGACCUUCACAAUGUCCUUUGUGUAAGAAUAAUAUAACCAAAAGAAGCCUACAGGAAAGCACAAGAUUUAGUCAACUUGUUGAAGAGCUAUUGAAAAUCAUUCAUGCUUUUGAACUUGACACAGGAUUAGAGUUUACAAACAGUUACAACUUUUCAAAAAAGGAAAAUAACUCUCCUGAGCAUUUAAAGGAGGAAGUUUCUAUCAUCCAGAGUAUGGGCUACCGAAACCGUGCCAGAAGACUUCGACAGAAUGAACCUGAAAAUCCUACCUUGCAGGAAACCAGUCUUAGUAUCCAACUCUCUGACCUUGGAAUUGUGAGAUCUCUGAGAACAAAACAGCAGAUACAACCUAAGAAUAAGUCUGUCUACAUUGAAUUGGGAUCUGAUUCUUCUGAAGAAACAGUAAAUAAGGCAGAUUGUUGCAGUGUGGGAGAUCAUGAACUGUUACAAAUUACCCCUCAAAGUGCCAGGGCUGAAGCCAGUGUGAAUCCUGGAAAAAAGGCUGCUUGUGGGUGUUCUGAAAAGGACAUAGCAAAUCUUGAACCUCAUCAGUCCAGUAAUAAAGAUUUGACCACUGCUAAGAAGCAUUCAACUGAGCAGCAUCCAGAAAAGUAUCAGGGUGAAGCAGCAUACGGGUACGAGAGUGAAACAAGCCUCUCUGAAGCCUAUUCAGUGCAGUCCUCUCAGAGCGGAAUUUUAACCACUCAGCAGAGGGAUACCAUGCAAGAUAACCUCAUAAAGCUCCAACAGGAAAUGGCCGAACUGGAAGCUGUGUUAGAGCAGCACAGCAGCCAACCUUCUAACAGCCCCCCUUUCCUCAUAGCUGAUUCUUGUGCCCCUGAGGACCAGCUAAAUCUGGAACAAAACACAUCAGAAAAAGUAUUAACUUCAGAGAAAAGUAGUGAAUACCCUAUAAGGCAGAAUUCAAAGAGCCUUUCUGCUGACAAGUUUCAAGUACCUCUGGAUAGUUCCACCAGUAAAAAUAAAGAACCAGAAAUGGAAAGGUCUUCCCCUUCUAAACUCCCAUUGCUAGAUAAUAGGUGGUAUAUGCACAGCCACUCGAGUCUUCAGAAUGGAAAUUGCCCAUCUCAAAAGGAGCUCAGCAAGGUUGUUGAUAUGGAGGAGCAACAGCUGUCUAAGUUUGAGGCCCAGGAUUUAAUGGAGCAGCCUUACUUGUCAAGACAAGACCCAGAGGGAAGCCCUUACCUAGAAUCUGGAAUCAGCCUCUUCUCUGAUGACCCUGAGUCUGAUCCCUCUGAAGACAGAGCCCCAGAGCUGGCUCAUGUUUGCAGCAAGACAACUUCAACCUCAGCAUUGAAAUUACCCCAAUUUCAAGUUGAAGAAUCUGCCAAAAGUCCAGCUACCGCUCAUACUAUUAAUACUGCUAGGUAUACUGUGAGGGAAGAAAGUAUGAACAGGGAAAAGCCAGAAGUGUUAUCUUCAACAAAAAGAGUCAGCAACAGAAUGUCUGUGGUAGCAUCAGGCUUGACCCCAAAAGAAUUUAUGCUUGUGCAAAAGUUUGCCAGAAAACACCACAUCAAUUUAACUGAUCUAGUUACUGAAGAGACUACUCAUGUCAUUAUGAAAACAGAUGCUGAGUUUGUGUGUGAACGGACACUGAAAUAUUUUCUGGGAAUUGCAGGAGGAAAAUGGGUAGUUAGCUAUUUCUGGGUGACCCAGUGUAUUAAAGAAAGAAAGGUGCUAGAUGAGCAUGAUUUUGAAGUCAGAGGAGAUGUUGUCAAUGGAAGAAACCACCAAGGCCCAAAGCGAGCAAGAGAAUCCCAGGACAGAGAGAUCUUCAGAGGCCUAGAAAUCUGUUGCUAUGGGCCCUUUACCAACAUGCCUACAGAUCGGCUAGAGUGGAUGGUGCAUCUAUGUGGAGCUUCUGUGGUGAAGGAGCCUUCAUCAUUCACCUUUGGCAAGGGCACUCACCCAGUUGUGGUUGUGCAACCGGAUGCCUGGACAGAGGACAGUGGCUUCCAAUUGAUUGGGCAGGUGUGUGAGGCAUCUGUGGUGACACGAGAGUGGGUACUGGACAGCGUAGCCCUCUACCAAUGCCAGGAGCUGGACACCUACCUGAUACCCCAGAUCCCCGAGAGAGCUGCUGCUGAUUCCAGCCAGCCGCGUGUGUCAUGUGUAGGGCCUGUCUUCAUAGGACCCCAAGAAUGAGCCUAAGAAAUGGCCCUUUUCCAGGCCCUGGGAGCUCCACUUUAGUCCUUCCACAGGCCUGGUUAAUAAAUAUUUUAUGUACAUCAGCUUGAAAAGAACUUCUGGCUAUGCAAGGGUCCCUUAAAGAUAUUCUGCUUCCAGUCUCCCUUUGAAUCUGCCAUGAGCACAAAAUUGUGGUAAUUUUUCACCUGAAAAGAAUUUAAAACCAUUUAAACCCCACCAGUUGAGCAAGAUGCUGAUUCAUUAUUUAUCAGCCCUAUUCCCUUUAGUGGAUAUGUUGGCUUAAGAGCUGGAGGCACAGAGUUGCUGGCCUUAGGAGAAAAGCUGCUUCCCUAAGUUUGUUUCUCUAAAACCCUGUGUUCAUAAAGGCCAAGAGUCAGACCCUUCAAUGGGAGGUGAGUACUUAGGGAUAUGUGAUGUGACUUAAAAUCAGAACAGUCCACUGGUAGCUCUCAAAUGUUGGAGUGGAACAUUGGGGAAGGAAUUUUAGUAGCAGGUAAUGGAUAUAAAUAUGAAACUUGAGGGUUAAUUAGAAGAGAGGGGAGUCAUGCUGACCCUGAUCUCCACUAAGUGUGGGCUAUAGUUGCUUGAUUUCUAAUGAAUUUCUUAGCACUAAUGUGCUCUGAAACAGCAGAAUCUCUAAGAACUGGUGUCCAAAGAGAGUCUUCUAAUUCCCCAUUAGUAAUAAAUGAAGUGUUGUAGCUCUGAUAUGUAACCCAUUCCUCUUGAAAUACAAAAUCUUGGUUAUGAAUAUUUCAUGUCUACAAAUGACAGAUCCCACCAGGAAAGGAGCGGUUGCUUUCCUUGAGGUAAUUUUUUCCCUUUGCCUCCCUGUUGCUGAACUGUACAGCUUCAUAAAUAAUUUCGUGUGCUGAAGGGAGAGAAAGUGUUUCUCAUAAACUCAUUAUCCGGACUGUUUAUAGCUGUUGGAAGGACUGCAUCUUCCUUAGCCCCCCAGUGUGUGAGGGCAGUGCAGACUUGAUUGUACAAAAUAUAUUCUGUAAAUGUGCUGUUCACCUGCAAAUAAACUUGGUA